AUGUCCAAAGAUUCCUCCUCAACAUACCUACACAUGCACCACCCGCGACUAGCAGACCACUUCGAAGACUUCACCCGCCCACACACCUCUCUCACCACCGCCGCCAAUGCAUCCCUCAACAGCGGACCAACAACAACAGCUACCACAACCGGUCCCAACGGAACAACAGUAACAGUAACCUACGGGGCCACAACUACUCCUAGUGCCACAAUCCCAUCGUAUUUGCCCAUCGAAGAAGUCUACCUCCCGCCUCAUUAUCAGCCCAUCAACCCUGAAGAUGAGGAUGAUGUUGUCCCCGAUCAGCAUGCGGCGUUUGGGAUUGCGAGGGCGAUGGAUGCGGCGGGGAGGAGGAGGGCGGAGCCGGUUUGGAGGGAUUUGGGGAUGAGGGAGUUGGUGAGGGGGGAGACGCUUGCCGGGGGAGGGGCGCAGCGGAUGGCGAUUAGGACGGUGGGCAGAGGGGGGACUGUUGCUGGUGGUGCUGGUGGUGGAAGUUCUACUGGUGUGUCUUUGGGUUCGGGUGCUGCAGCGGGGUUGGUGAGGCAGUCAGGGAGUUUGAUGGGUGGGAGGAGGGUGACAUGUUUGCGUUGA